AAAACAAGUGCGCCCAGAAAAAGGUAGAACUUCACCUUCACUUAGAUGGCUCCAUACGACAUGAAACGAUAUGGGAACUUGGACAGAAAAAGAAGAUUAACCUCGGGGCAAGAUCUCUGGCUGACCUUCGCAUGAAGCUCAUUAAAACGGACUCUACGAACUUAGGAGAUUUUCUUGACCGCUUUGCGGUAUUUAUGCCUACAGUUGUUGGCGAUUUGCAAGCCGUAGAAAGAAUCUCUUACGAACUGUGCGAAGACCAGGCAAGAGAGGGCGUUGCGUACUUCGAGGCUCGAUAUUCUCCUCAUUUUCUAGCGUCGAAGGAGAAGCACGUGACCCCAAAGCAAGUCGUCGAAGCGGUCAACUGCGGCUUGAGUAGAGGAGAAUGCGACUUCCAGAUAAAGGCUCGAUCGAUUAUUUGCUGUGUGCUCGGCAACGAUGAUUGGUCCAUGGAAUGUUUGAAAUUUUGCGAAGAGUACGAGAAUAGAGGCGUGGUUGGCAUCGACAUUGCAAAAGACGAAGCGAAGUUACCCGAAUUUACCAGGGGUGAAAUGAAAGUUUACCAGAGAGCAAAGGAUCUAGGCAUAGGCCGUACGGCACACGCCGGCGAAAGUGGCACUUACAAAUCCGUCAUGGACGCAAUGACGAAGUUGCAUUGCGAGAGGGUGGGCCAUGGGUACCGAGUCUUCGAAGACACCACCGGCCAAACGUUCAAGAUGGCGCAAGAGAAGGACCUCCACUUCGAGACCUGCCCUUACUCUAGCGUUCUGACUGGUGGCUGCCCUCUGAGCUCCAAAAAGCACUCGAUUGUCAGGUUUGCAGAGGAAAACGCCAAUUUCUCGAUAAGUAAGGACGACACCACUAUUACCGGCAGUACUUUGGACGAUGAAAAUGAGUUUCUCAGAGAUCUUGGCUUAACUGAGGCGCACAUCAUUCGGGCGAAUUUAAAUGCGGCAAGAUCGUGUUUUCUGCCGGCAGCCGAGAAGAAAGAACUGCUACAGCUUCUCAAGGAAGAAUACGGCAUCAGUCCAGCCAGAGAGGCGGAAAGAAACCGCACACGGCCAAUACAACCCGUACAGCCAGCACGGCCCCUACCGCCGUGGCCACCAAAAAACCAUGGACCCACUCGUAAGAAGCGUGGCUUGCUGGCAAGACUACUAUGUUGUGAACGUUAUUGAGAUGGUACUCUAAGGCUUGGGAUAUCAUGUAGGGAUGUCUGAAUACAAUAAACACCACA